GGCUGAGACCGUUGAGGAGGAGCCGGAGCUGUCGCUGGUAUCGCCGCCGUCGCCGCCGCUCCUCCCGCACCCGAGCGGAGCCGUUAGCGCCCCGCCCUCCCUCACCCGAGGAAGGAGCCCCGGGCUUGUCCGCCCGCCCGUCUGCAGAUAUUUUAUAAAAUGUCUAAUGGUUAUGAAGAACACAUGGCUGAAGAUUGCAGGGAUGAUAUUGGUAGAACGAAUUUAAUUGUGAACUACCUUCCUCAGAACAUGACGCAGGAUGAGUUACGAAGUCUAUUUAGCAGUAUUGGUGAAGUUGAAUCUGCAAAGCUUAUUCGUGAUAAAGUAGCAGGACACAGCUUGGGCUAUGGCUUUGUGAACUACGUGACUGCAAAAGAUGCUGAAAGAGCGAUAAACACACUGAACGGCCUGAGACUUCAGUCAAAAACCAUCAAGGUAUCCUACGCUCGCCCCAGCUCAGAAGUUAUCAAAGAUGCCAACUUGUACAUUAGCGGACUCCCACGGACAAUGACACAGAAAGAUGUGGAAGAUAUGUUUUCACGGUUUGGACGUAUAAUCAACUCCCGUGUGCUUGUGGAUCAAACUACAGGUUUGUCCAGAGGGGUUGCAUUUAUCCGGUUUGACAAAAGAUCAGAAGCAGAAGAGGCAAUUACCAGUUUCAAUGGCCAUAAACCCCCAGGUUCCUCCGAGCCCAUUACAGUGAAGUUUGCUGCCAACCCUAACCAGAAUAAAAAUGUGGCACUGCUCUCGCAGCUGUAUCAUUCACCAGCUAGACGGUUUGGAGGGCCAGUUCAUCAUCAGGCACAAAGAUUCAGGCCACACUGCCUAAUGGCAGUUUCCAGAUGCCUGGAAAGCAAAUUGGAAGAGGGAGGCACAAAAGAGCAAAAAUCAGAGUUGGCUCUGGUGAUGGCUGCUGGAACACUUUGCCAGGUGGUGCAGUGCACGGAUUGGUUCUCCCCUAUGGGUGUAGAUCACAUGAGUGGGCUCUCGGGUGUAAAUGUCCCAGGAAACGCCUCUUCAGGCUGGUGCAUCUUCAUCUACAACCUGGGCCAAGAUGCUGAUGAGGGAAUCCUCUGGCAGAUGUUUGGCCCCUUUGGCGCAGUUACCAAUGUGAAAGUUAUUCGCGAUUUCAACACCAACAAGUGCAAAGGCUUUGGCUUUGUAACCAUGACAAACUAUGAAGAAGCAGCGAUGGCCAUAGCAAGCCUCAAUGGUUAUCGCCUGGGGGACAAAAUCUUACAGGUUUCCUUCAAAACCAACAAGUCCCACAAAUAACUUGCUCACGCUCAUGCUUUUUGUAUGGAAUAGGUAAUUGAGUGACCGAAGUGGAAACAUUUUUGUUAGUGUAAAACUCAUUUCAUGCCAACUUUCACAAAGUGUUUGUCUUAGUCUAAAUGAGAAGUGAAGAGGUUUUUUAUACUCUGGGAUGCAACCGACAUGUUCAAAUGUUUGAGAUCCCGCAACGUUAGACCAAUUUUAGGUUUCUUAAGUUAUUUCCUUUAAAAUAUAUAUUACACUGAAAUCUAAGUAGACCGCAUUAACGAACCAGCCCCUCUGGAUGGUGGUAAAAAUUGAAGCAUGCUUUAACUUAUAAGACUCUCUAACAUUCGUUUCAUUGGAUGUCGUCUCCAAAAACUGGGGGGAAAAAUGUUUUCUUUCCUUUUUUUCUCUUUUCUUUAUUUUUUUCCCCCUUUUUUUUUUUCUUUUUUUAAAGACUGAAGAUGUUAGAUUGGUGCUGAGUGUGCUUUUUCUCAAUGGCUUAAAAGUUUCAAGUGUAGAAUUGCCGAUGCUUUUGUUGAUGGUAUAUUGCUUUUGGAAGCAGCCCGUAAUUGCUCCUUUUAAAGUGGUCUUGUAAGUAGUAGCAUGCCAGCCUAACUUUUAACACCAUUGGUGAGGUAAGUUUCACUCCGAGCGGCAGCCAAGCUGUCGAAUUUAAAACGUUUGAAGGACUCCCCCCCACACACACACAUACACACACACACACACACACACACACACACACACACACACACUUCCCAAAGCCCCAGUUCUAAUAGGGACGGACCAAAGAGUUUCAGAGAAACUCCACAAAGAUUCCAGUCAAAUUUAGCCCCCUGUUCCUCGACCCCCAAAAUGGGGCUAUCUGUGGCUCCUUUGAUAUCCCGGGUCUUCUGUCCCAACAUUGUACGCACGGUGCACGCCAUAGGAUAUGUCUUUCCCCAAGAUAUUUUUCCAGUUUGGAAGCUAGCAGCCGCAGCAGCAGCAGGGUUUGCCACCCCACAAGGGUCGCUCUGUUUUGGAAUAGCACUCAUGAACAUUUGAGCACUGUGUUCUCUGCAUCCCUUCCUUUGAGCGCUGGACUUGUUUUCUCUCUCAGUAGGAUUUUCUUGAAAAGUUUGCUUUACCUCUGAACACUCAGCAAAAAAGUACUGAUUUCUUGCAAGUUAGCUAUUAACAAAAAAAAAAAGCCCUUUGAUUUGUAGUUCUAAAGAUUAAUACCCCAGAGUUUUCUUCAGACUGCCUUGACGUUUUGAGUUGUUCUGUUUCUGUUAAUUUUCUUUUGCUUUUUUGUGGUUUUUGUUUGUUUUUACUUUUG